UUCCCUUUUUCACCCUCACUUUCGUUCACUUUCCCUCAUUUUCUGAUUUCAGUCUCUAAUAAAAGGACUGAGUCAGAACUCAGCUCCGCCUUUUGAUUUCCUUUCCCUUUCAAGCUCUUAACUUUCCACUCAUUUGCCAUUUUCUUCUGAUUGGCUUUUGAUUGUAUGAGCUCGAACGGAUAGAUCACUUCUGAACUUCAGCUCGUUCGUAUUAGUCAUAAUGAAAGGAAGGAGGAAAGCCAGUAUAGCUAAUCUUGUCCAGAAUUUGCAAGAUCCGAGAAAGAUGGUUGAAGUCCAAUGCUGUGAGAUUUAGAGGUCAGUUUAUUUUCUUGAUAUGCCGGGAUUCAGUUUAGUUAUCUGUUCUUUCAUGUGUUAUGCUUUAUGUUGUGUUAUGUGAUUGAAACUUUUUUUUCCAAGCAAGCCUUGUUAUAUUUUCAGGAUCUGGGGACUGAAUUUUCCGGUUUAUAAAAUGAUGAUUGUGUGAAGUGUUCUAUGAGUUUUAUCUCUCUGAUGGAGUGGAAUGAACAGACACCGUUGCAAUGGGACUGGGAAAACCUAAUGUUAAACGCAACACCAACUGAAAUCCCGAGAAGGCUAAGACCCGUAGAGUGGGAUAUUGAUGAAGGGGAAGGAGGAUUGGACUCUGUGUCUCUCAAUUCUUCCAGUGUUGCUGGUGGUAGUGGUGGUUCUGGCUCAGAUUUAGGCCUUGCGUCUUUGUCUAAAAAUUUGAAAUCGGCAUCCAUUGAUUCUUUAUCUAUGGGGGAGGCAAAAUUGACCAAAUUUACUUUGGAUGCCUAUGAAGCUAUCCCAGAUGAUAUUAGCAAUAAGAAAGAAGUUUCCGGGAUUGAGACAACCAGUACUUCCUUGACACUCGUGGCUUCUGUUGGCUCUGGUGAGCCAUUACUCAGUUUAAAGCUUGGCAAACAAACAUACUCUGAAGAUGUUAGUACGGGAACCAAUGCUACGGAUUCAUCUUAUUCUGCCACUCUGAGCUCAUCAUCUCCUUUAUCUGCAAAGAGAUCCAAACUGAAUUGUCGAAGCACACAUGUUGUGCGUUGCCAAGUCGAAGGUUGUAACCUUGACCUUUCUUCUGCUCGAGAUUACCAUCGGAAACACAAAGUUUGUGAAAGCCAUUCAAAGAGUCCGAAGGUCAUUGUAAGCGGUCUGGAACGCCGGUUCUGCCAGCAAUGUAGCAGGUUCCAUGCACUGUCGGAAUUUGAUGUAAACAAACGAAGCUGUCGUCAGCGACUUUCCGACCACAAUGCAAGACGCCGCAAACCACAAACUGAAGCUACCCACUUCAAUGCUGCAAGGAUUUCAUCAUCAUAUGAUGGGAAGCAACAUACGAGUUUUGUCUGGAAUGAAGUCCCAAUUCUUCAUAAUGCUAGACCCAACAAGAAAUUUGCAAUGGAAGGCACGUUCUACUCCAAGUCCUCUCGAAUGACAAGUUAUAUGCCUAUGAAACUUGGAAACAUCAAUGAACAGGUGCAACUUCCAAUCAAUCAGCUGUCAAAUCCCAUCAUGAUGCGAUGUAAUGAUUUCAACAAAUUCCUACCCUCUAAGGGUAAGCAAAACACGGCUGAGGUUCUCGAUGGAGGUGUAGAACAAUCUAUGGUUGCUUCAAGCACCGGCACAGCUCAAGAACUUCACCGUGCUCUCUCUCUUCUGUCAAAUGAUUCCCAGGUUUCAAGUGAACCAAAACACGGUUCACUUACCUACCCCAUUAUGCAUGUCGACCCUACCAGUACAUCUCAGCCAGCAAUGAAUGCAAUCCCCCAAGGUUUUCAACAUGCCUUGCCAGAAAACUGGCAGAUCGGACAAGAAGAAGAAACAACCACCGAGUCCCGCAUGCAUACUAGCGACGUCGACAACCGUUUUCGGGAGUUCCUACUGGUUAAGGCUCCAUAUGAUGGUGGCUUUUACUCCUGAAUUGAUUGCACAACCAUUCAAUCAACUUUCUUAGUUAAUAUCGCUUUGGCCGCCGGGGAGCUAUUUCAGAUCUGAAAAAAGUAUCAGGCCAUUCGAUGAGUUCGGUUUUUAUUAGUAUGAUUUACGUAUGACUAUGACUAUGGGUUAUAUGGGCUAAAUAGACCCAAAAGGCGAGCAAAUGAGACUUUUCUCUUGGCCCAAUUACUCUUGGAUGGACCUAGGCAAUUUUGUGUGUGUUUUUAUAAUUUAUAAAACUUAUGGUUAUAAAUUUAUAAAUAUAUAUAAUAUAGUUUCAUCA